CCUCGCCGCCGCGUUGGAUUCUUCUCCGUCACUCCCAAAUCGACCCAAUCCUCACGGCUCCAUCUAAUGCUUUGAUCCGGUGCUCCUUAUGAUUGCUCUCCCCUUCCUUUAAUCUCAUAUCUCGGCCUUAGUCUCUGGUCAACGAAAUUCCUCAAGUGGUCAAGAGUCGCCAGUCUCGUCUCGGCGUAAUCCAUCUGUUCGUUGCAAGUCGUGAGUCGUAUCUCAACUUGAUCCCCCAGGAAUAUAUGUAAAAGAAUGGAUAUGAAAACAAAGAGGAGAACUGUCAUAGAGAACGGAGAUACAGGAGAUGACAUGGUUUUAGCAAAUUUGAUUGUGAAUGGAGAUGAUGUCGGUCCUCUUGUUAGGCAUGCCUUUGAAAUGGGGCGACCUGAAGGGCUUCUUAAUCAGCUGAAUUAUGUUAUGAAGAAAAAAGGAGCUGAAAUUGAGGAAAUGUGUAAGGCACAUUAUGAUGAGUUCAUCCUUGCGGUUGAUGAGCUCCGUGGUGUGUUACUUGAUGCUGAAGAGCUCAAGAGUGAGCUCCAAAGUGAUAACUGUAAGUUGCAGCAGGUUGGAAAUGCCCUUCUUGUUAAUCUUGAGGAACUUCUUGAUUCUUAUGAGAUAAAGAAGAAUGUUACUGAAGCUAUAAAACUGUCAAAGCAUUGUAUUCAGGUGUUGGAGCUUUGUGUAAAGUGCAACAAUCACAUUUCUGAAGGCCAGUUCUAUCCUGCUUUUAAAACUUUGGAUUUAUUAGAGAAAGAUUACUUGCAAAAUAUUCCUGUCCAGAAACUCAAAAUGGUUAUAGAGCAGAGAAUUCCUGUAAUAAAAUUACACAUUGAGAAAAUAUGUAGUCAGGUUAAUGAAUGGCUGGUCCAGAUAAGGAGUUCUGCCAAAAAUAUUGGACAAACAGCCAUUGGUCGUACUGUUUCAGCUCGGCAGAGAGAUGAGGAAAUGCUACAACAGCAAAGAAAGGCUGAGGAGCAAAAUAUUUCUGGGGCUGGGGAUCUAACGUAUACCUUGGAUGUUGAAGAGUUUGAUGAAGAUUCUGUUUUAAUGUUUGAUCUUACUCCUCUUUAUCGCGCUUGUCAUAUUCAUGAUUGCCUGAGAAUCUCAGAAAAGUUUCGUGAAUAUUACUACAAGAACAGAGUGUUGCAGUUGAAAUCAGACUUGGAAGUGUCUUCGACACAACCUUUUGUUGAAUCAUACCAAACAUUUUUUGCUCAAAUGGCAGGGCACUUUAUAGUGGAGGACAGGGUCCUGCGAACUGCUAAGGGCCUCUUGGUAGCUGAUCAGGUUGAAAAAAUGUGGGAAAUUGCUGUGGCUAAAAUUACUUCAUUGUUGAAUGAGCAAUUCUCUUGUAUGGACUCUGCUACCCACAUUCUCCUUGUGAAGGACCAUGUCACACUUCUGGCUUCUACUCUUAGGCAGUAUGGAUAUGAUGUCGGUCCACUUCUUGAGGUACUUGAUAACAACUGUGACAAAUAUCAUGCACAUCUUUUGGAAGAAUGUCGGCAACAAAUUGUUGAUGUGCUUGGCAAUGAUGUCUAUAAGCAGAUGAUAAUAAAAAAGGAUACUGAUUAUGAGAAUAAUGUUCUGUCAUUUAAUCUUCAAACUUCAGAUAUAUUGCCGGAUUUUCCAUAUGUUGCACCAUUCUCAUCCAUGGUCCCAGAUACUUGUCGCAUUGUGAGAUCCUUUAUCAAAGGAUCUGUUGACUACUUAUCUUAUGGUGUUCAUAUGAACUUUUAUGGUAUUGUAAGGAAGUAUUUGGACAAGUUCUUGAUUGAUGUAUUAAACAAGAUAUUAAUUGAUACUAUAAAUAGCAGCAAUAUUAAUGCGUCUCAGGCCAUGCAGAUUGCUGCAAACAUAUCUGUUCUUGAAAGGGCUUGUGAUUUUUUUCUUCAACAUGCUGCUCAAUUAUGUGGUAUCCCAAUUCGGUCAGUUGAGAGCCAUCAAGCUACUUUAUCUGCAAAAGUGGAACUGAAGACAUCAAGAGAUGCAGCUUACGUUGCUCUUCUGAAUUUGGUGAACAAAAAUGUAGAUGGGUUCAUGGCUAUCACGGAAAAUGUUAAUUGGACUUCAGAUGAGAUAAGGCAGCAUGGAAAUAACUAUAUGAAUGAAGUGAUCUAUUGCCUUGACUCUGUUAUGUCUGCGGCGCAGCAAAUUUUACCCUUGGAUGCUGUGUAUGCAGUAGGGGUUGGAGCACUUGAGCAUAUUUCCAAUUCUAUUGUGGCAGCUUUCCUUAGUGAUAGCGUCAAGAGAUUUAAUGCGAAUGCUGUUAUGGGUAUUGACAAUGACCUUCUGACAUUAGAGACUUUUGCAGAUGAGAGGUUUCAUACCGCUGGAUUGGAUGAACUUUACAAGGAAGGUAGUUUUAAGAGUUGCUUGGUAGAAGCACGACAACUGAUCAAUCUUUUGCUAAGCAGUCAACCUGAGGACUUCAUGAACCCUGCUAUAAGAGAGGAAAACUACUAUGCUUUGGAUUACAAGACUGUUGCUGCAAUAUGUGACAAAUUCAAGGAUGCUCCAGAUGGAAUUUUUGGAAGCCUUUCAAAUAAACAUGCAAAGCAGAGUGCUAGAAAGAAAUCAAUGGACUUGCUCAAAAAACGACUAAAAGAUUUCAAUUGAUGCUCCACAUGGAAAAAUGGUAGUUUGUUCUGGUUGAUUCAGAAUCUUAGAAAGUGCACCAAUGUAUGUCGUCGGGGUUGAUGAUUUUGCAGGGCAGGGGAGUUUCCCUGCCCCCGUCCCUGCCAUAAAGUAGUUCUCUCAGCCCUAUUUCCGUUCUCUGUUAAAUGCUAGAGACAAUAAAGGAUCAGAGACCUUGUGGGACUGAGAGUAUGAUCCUUGUUCCGGUACCAAAUUGUCCAAGACAAUACAUGCUUAAUCAACUAAGAGAUGGAAUGCGGAUGCUUUUUCCAAGAGGUUUGCUAAGAUCAGAAAUUAAUUUAUUUGCAGUCCAGUAUUUGAUACUUCGAUUUUGAAUCCUAAAUGUUGGCAGUGGAGGAUCUGCAUCUAGCGAAUGAAAUGGUGUAUCCACGAAGUCUGGCCAUAAGUCGAAAGUUGUUAGCAAAUUUGAUAGUAAAUCCAAAGAUUCAAUAGAAAUUAACGUCAUGAACGAAGCUCCUGAGAUAGAAGGAACUGGCUCAAAUGCUGAUAACAUGUUGAGAUUAUCUGAUGAGUGGGGCAGCAUAAAUGGCAAUGUAUAGAGGUCAUCUUGCACAUUCGAUGUGGGCACAAUGUAACAAUUAGAUUAGUUGGAGUGAUUUGACUUAUUAUGAUAAGGCUAUUUUUUU